AUGGGUCUCCUCCACCUAGUCGAAGACCGUCCCACCCCCAAGAAUGUGUAUAACUGGAGAGUCUACUUUUCCUCGGCAGUGGCUGCUUCUGCUGCCAUGAUGAUUGGGUACGACUCUGCGUUCAUCGGCGGUACUCUUGCCUUGACAUCCUUCAAAGACGAAUUCCAUUUCAACAACCUCUCCAAGUCGGCAGUCGACCUCCUUUCAGCCAACAUUGUUUCUUGCUAUCAAGCAGGUGCCUUUUUUGGUGCCUUUUUCGCCUAUCCUGCUGGUCACUUCCUUGGACGAAGAAUCGGACUACUCAUCUUUGCUGCUGUCUUCGUUCUCGGAGCUGGGAUGAUGUUAGGAGCCAAUGGAGCCCGUGGAUUGGGUCUCAUCUAUGGAGGCCGUGUGCUAGCCGGCAUCGGAGUGGGAGGGACAUCAAACCUUUCGCCGAUUUAUUGCUCUGAAGUCGCCCCUCCAGCCAUCCGUGGCCGGCUGGUUGGACUCUACGAGAUGGCAUGGCAAAUCGGAGGUCUUGUGGGGUUCUGGAUUAACUAUGGCGUCUCGGAGACCAUGGCACCCUCUCAUGAGCAGUGGAUCAUUCCGUUUGCCAUCCAACUCAUCCCAGCUGGGCUCCUGUUCUUGGGCGCAUGGGUCAUCAAAGAAUCGCCCCGAUGGCUCUUCUCUCGCGGACGCCGUGAAGAAGGAAUCAAGAACUUAUGCUGGCUGCGAAAACUUCCAGCUGAUCACAUCUACAUGCAAGAAGAGAUCUUUGUCAUCGACAACGCCAUCGAGCUCCAACGCUCUACGGUCGGCUUGGGCUUCUGGCAACCGUUCCGAGCAGUCUUUACGGACCGCAAGGUCACAUAUCGCUUCCUUCUUGGUGGCUCCCUCUUCCUAUGGCAGAACGGAACGGGAAUUAACGCGGUGAACUACUUUUCGCCCACGGUAUUUCACCUGAUCGGCGUUACGGGCACAAACACCUCUCUUCUAACGACGGGCAUCUUCGGAGUCAUCAAGACAGUCAUGACUUUGGUUUGGCUCUUCUUUCUUAUUGAUAAGCUCGGCCGACGCGCGCUUCUCAUAUACGGCGCCAUCGCGGGCUCUCUCUGCAUGUGGUAUAUUGGGGGCUAUAUCGCCGUUGCCAAACCUAUCCACAAUCCAAGCGAUACGCUUUCAUCGGGGGGAAUAUCAGCUAUGGCUUUCUUCUACCUAUGGACCCUCGUGUAUUCUCCUUCAUGGAAUGGCACAGUGUGGGUUUUAAACUCGGAGAUGUUCGAUCAGAACGUGCGAACUCUAGCCCAAGCCUGGGGGGCUGCAAAUAAUUGGUUAUGGAACUUCAUCAUUGCUCGCUUCACUCCCCAAAUGUUCGCCUCAAUGUCCUAUGGCGUUUUUAUGUUCUUCGCCUCCCUCAUGCUCUGCGCCGCCGUUUUUGUCUUUUUCCUGGUGCCCGAAACGAAGGGGAUUCCGCUCGAGGCCAUGGAUCGUCUCUUCAGCCGAGAAUAUCCUGCGAGACGCGCGCACAAGGAGGUCCUCGGCCAGAUUCGCAGGGAGGAACAAGAGUUCCGCAGACAGAGUAUUGGUGGUGAUAAGGAGUCUGUGGAAGAACGUGCGGUUACCAUCGAGAAGGUGUAA